UCCUUUCCUCCAGCUUAAUAGACAAGUAUAUUUCUCAUUGCCCUAGCCCUGGUAUUCCUAACGGCGGGGAAAGCCUCAAAUAAUUUCGGUGCCCUCUAGAUCUCCCCAACCUGCCUUUAGUCUUUGCGAGAGGAGUGAGAGAGCCUCCUAUUACUAUCCCUUUUGUUAUUUCAUUACAUUAUUUAAUAGGCUCCCUCUACAGAACCAAAAAUAGCCUUAUUUUCUCCCUGUACUCACCCCAAAACUGUUAAAACAGCAGAAAAUCUUUUUUUUUUUAAGGUUGUGGGGGAAGGCAGAAGAAGAAAAUUUGAUUGUGAUAGUGGUGGAUUUUUUCCAAUUUCCCCACAGCUGUUAUCAAAACAUGCAAAUGAGAUUUUCCAGCAGGAUCUUAAACAAAUCUGGAGGAGUUAAUGCCGAAGCAAAAUAAUCAGCGCGUUUGAAGUGACUGAGUUUCAGUUUGUCUUUUCUCCCCGAUAUUAUUGCAGGAGAAUGAUAAUUAGACCUUUAGAAAUCCAAAGGGUCUCUCUUGAUCUCUUCCCUCUCUCAUUUCUUCCCCCUCCUUUCUCUCUCCCUCCCUCUCUUUCUCUCUCCCUCCCUCUCUCUUGCUCCCUCCCUCUCCCUUUCUCUCCGGCUCUGAGGUUGGCAAAGGGGGUUUUCUUAAUCAGACUGUUUUUGGACCCAAGGAAAGGAGGAAGAAGGAGGUUGUGAUGGAGAAAGGGGGUCUGUGAAACGUCAGGCACGGCACAAAGGCUUUGCCACGUAAUUACAGGCUCCUAUUAAGUCGAGAUCUGCCCUCCCAGGGGUCUCCAAUUUUCUUGUAUUCCCUACAAAGCCUCCUCUGCAUGCCAGUUUGUGCCUUUUGAUGUGCCAGAGAGCUUCUUGAUCCAACUGAGAAGGAAAAAGGAGCCCAGCAAGAAGAGGGGGAGAGAGAGAAGGGAAAGGGGGGAACCCACCAGCACCCUCCAUCGGACUCUUGAAGCCCAAUUUUUUUUUAAUUCUUAAUUUUUUUUUAACUCCUUACAAAAAGUAAAGUGAGAAUCCUGCUCUCUAAUACAUCUGCAAGACAUCACCCUCUCCUCCUGAAACUUUAGUCACUCCUGAGAAUCCACAGGAGUGCAGAGAGGGGGGAACACGUUUUCUUGAAGAUGUUUUAAAGCUGGAACAAGCCUUCUUCUGUUGGUGCUUGAACUCUUGCCUGGGAAUAACUUUUUUAACCUUUAAAAAAACCCUCCACUUUGAUUCUUCUCUCCCACCCCUUCUUCUCUCUUCUUCUGUUUGCCUAACUCCCCCGCCCUGCUGGCCUCCGCUUUCCUCUCUCCCCCUUAUUAUUAUUUUUAGUCUGUGCCUGUGGAUGCUUUUGGAGAGUUGGAAGGGAUUUUUUUCUCCUGACUUGAACAUAGGGUGACUUUUUAAUAUUGUAUUUUGGUGUGGAUUAUCUCUUUGGACCGCGCCGGACUUGGCCUCAGGAAAGCAACCAAGGCUACGGAAGGCGGCUGGUGCAGAACGCUCUGCUCUACAGAAGGGGGUCCCCCGCCCUCUUUUCCACUUUUUUUUUUUUUUUUUUUGGCCUUCCUCUCUUUCCCUCCCUCUUCCUCUCUCUCUCUCUCUCUCUCUCUGUCUGCACUGCCCCCCUCUUUCUUCCCCACUCGGCUCCUCUCCCCCCUCGCGCCCACAGCGUUUGGUGUUGAUUCGAGCGGGAAGAGGGGGGUGGGUGGGAUCGGUGGGGGAGACCAUGACCUCCAGCUACGGGCACGUUCUGGAGCGGCAACCGGCGCUGGGCGGCCGCUUGGACAGCCCGGGCAACCUCGACACCCUGCAGGCGAAAAAGAACUUCUCCGUCAGUCACCUGUUAGACCUGGAGGAAGCUGGGGACAUGGUGGCAGCACAGGCGGACGAGAACGUGGGCGAGGCUGGCCGGAGCCUGCUGGAGUCGCCGGGACUCACCAGCGGCAGCGACACCCCGCAGCAGGACAAUGAUCAGCUGAACUCAGAGGAAAAAAAGAAGAGAAAGCAGCGAAGGAAUAGGACAACUUUCAACAGCAGCCAGCUGCAGGCUUUGGAGCGUGUCUUUGAGCGGACACACUAUCCUGAUGCUUUUGUGCGAGAAGACCUUGCCCGCCGGGUGAACCUCACUGAGGCCAGAGUGCAGGUGUGGUUUCAGAACCGAAGAGCCAAGUUCCGCAGGAAUGAGAGAGCCAUGCUAGCCAAUAAAAAUGCUUCCCUCCUCAAAUCCUACUCAGGAGACGUGACUGCUGUGGAGCAGCCCAUCGUACCUCGUCCUGCUCCGAGACCCACCGAUUAUCUCUCCUGGGGGACAGCAUCUCCGUACAGAUCCUCGUCCCUCCCAAGAUGUUGUUUACACGAGGGGCUUCAUAACGGAUUCUAACGGAAGACACUGAAAAGCGCCAUGGCUACAUAUUCUGCCACAUGUGCCAACAAUAGCCCUGCACAGGGCAUCAACAUGGCCAACAGCAUUGCCAACCUGAGACUGAAGGCCAAGGAAUAUAGUUUACAGAGGAACCAGGUGCCAACAGUCAACUGAGGAAAAAAUAAUUAAACAGGCCUAAGAAGAAAUCAAAAACCAUAAGACACCUAUCCCGCUCUGUUAUUUCUUCAUCUGCUGGGGGAAAAAAGUAAAUCACAAACAAACAAAAAACAGAACUAAAACAUUGGGACCAUGGCAGAGAAAAGCAGGAGAGGAGCAAAAUGAAAACUAGUUAACAAAUGUUCUUCCUCCCUCUGGGAUACCACCACCACUUGUUUCUGUGUGUGCUUAUUUUGUUUUUCUUCCUAUUCAUGCUUUGCUUAAUAUACUCCAAGCUUCUUCAGCUAGGUUCAGCCCACCCAGCCACCCCCAUGAGUGUAUAAAGUUAUUUUAAAAACUACAGCAGCCAAAGAAACUAUAUAUAUAUAUAUCCAGAAUGAUUGCCUCUAGUCUCCUCAUUGACUUGUUUGAACCUGAGUGCCUUACCUGUCCUCUUCCCAGUUCUCUUUAUAGAAGCUGUAGCAGCUUUUGAAAAGCCAAAGUCUUUCUGAAGAAUCUGUGCCGGACAGACAUAAUUCCCUUUCUCAUUGUCUCCAUCUUUGUUGGUCAUGGUAAGGUUUUUCCAGCAGCCUCUGAAAAAAGAGUUGUGCACAACAUCUGGUCACUGGACUGUCUGAACCAAUGUAAUUGGCUGUGUCUGGCUAAUUCUAAGUACUAAGCUCUACAUCUAAGCUAUAUAUUUAAGCUCGAAGCUAUAGAUUAUAUCACUAUCACCACCACCCCUCACCCCACACAAACCAUCAGUUAUCUUAAGUUAAAGAUAUUUGUUGUGUUUAAAUGAUUUGCUAUCACAGACCAUUUGGUAUAAGAAAUACUUUUCACAUGAGAGAGGAAGAGAAAUUUCUCUAGAAACACAAAGAGUGAGUCGUAAAAGCCAUGCCUACAUCUCUUUGGUGCCUUAAGGAUGGUGAGAUGCACAGUUAUAUAUGUACUGUGUGUGUGUGUGUGUAUAUAUAUAUAUAUAUAUAUGAAUAUAUAUAUAUAUGAAUAUAUACAUAUAUAUAUAUAUAUAUAUAUAUAUAUAUUGCGAACUUGAGUUUCCAGUUUCCCAAACAAUACAAAAAGCAAAUUACAUACCAUCACCACUGUUCUUCUCUCUAUAGUGAUGAGACAUUAAUUAGGGAUCCUGCUGCUUUUCUUUUUCUACACAAAAUUCUCAUUAAAGCCAGAGAACAAUUGAUAGGGCAGCUGUUUGAGGACAGGUCUCAUUUUCACAUUAGGGCUUUAAAUGAAUUAGAAACUAUUUGAGGCUAUAAAAAUGUCCUUGAGUUUGGAGCCUGAGCUCUGGUGAAAUGUUGAUACAUCUGAUCUAUCAUGGGAAUUGCAGUUAGUGAGAGGAGGGAAAACUAUUUAGUCAUCUACGCUUUCUUCACUCAACAGGAAUAUGAAAGACACAUGUUUAAGUGGAAUACCUAAAGGUUUUUCCAAAUUCCAACAUUUAAAAGGCAAUUGUGGGCUAUUUUUAUUUUUUAAUAUUUUGAAAUAAAGUUUAGUGUCUAGGGCUGGGAGCCAGGACUGAUCUUUCAUUUCUUUUUCUUUGUUCCCAGCCAUGCUUUUGUAACUUACCAGGUGGACUUGACCAACUACAUUACUACCAUGCUGUGCCUCAGUUUGUCCAUUUGUAAAAUGGGGUUAACAAUACUUACCUACCUCACAGGGGUGUUGUGAGGCUCUAUUCAUUUGCUCCUUUCUUCUUUCCUGUAUUCUCUGUAUGUCCAGCACUUUGUAGCCAUGGGAGGAAGGGACUAAAGUGUACAAUGUAAAUGGGAUGAUACGGUACCUGGAAGCCUUGUUUUCUAGUAAGGAAAUGCUACCUUGCUGUACAUACUUAUAACCUUGUAUUUGGAAAUGAGAAAUAGGUUUAUAUUUUCAGAUCUCUCAAAAAUCACAUCAUUUGACCAAAGAAUAAUUUAAGACACAUAGAACAGAAUAUUUUUAAUUUAUAUUUUCAUCCUGACCGGCUUAGUUCUAAUAACUUUUAGUUGUGAGUAAUUAAAAAACUUUGGAUCAAUUUUGGUCAAAUAUGCCAACUUUGUACUCUGAGUGACAGACAAGGAUUUUGGGGUUUAAGAUGCACUUUUAGCACAUAUUUGUAUUUCCCUUGGCAUAUCAGAUUGAGCUAAGGGUGAUGUUAUUUCAGUCUAAUAGCCACCAAUCUGAAAUUGUAUUUCAAAUGUUGAUUCUGCAGUUCUUUAAAUAAUAAUGAAGCUCAUCUUAUACAUUUUGCUUUCACCAAUUGAUUCUCUCUUCUUUUAACCUACUAUUAAAACAUUUGUUACUGAAUGAUUCAAGUAGGCUUGCUGAACAGCACACAUUACAUGCUUCCUGAAGAGUUUCCACAUUCAUCCAUCUGUCCCAUUAGUUGCUGUGGAUUAUCAAGUUUUGAAAGAACAGUACAUCCCAACAGACUGAAACAUUCUUAAGUGAAAUGAGUAUAACCCAAGAAAAUGGUGAACUUUGGAGGUUUGGAGUUCGGAGAGAAUGGCUAAGAUUUGAAUUAUAGGGAGGGAACAGAAAUCAUACAUGAAAAGAUUUUAUUGAGAAGGGAGAAAUCUUAGCUAGAGGGAUAUGUGAAGCAAAAUCAUUUGGAAUUUUCAUUUGGACAUCCAUUUCCAGUGGUAAACAGCAAAGCCUGAACCCACAAACCCAAAUGACAGGUGAAAUUGGGGGGUUCUAUUCAAUGUCUCGGGCAAGUGAUGUCUGGAAAUAUCAUAGAGUAACCAGUGCUGGUCAGCCAAAGUAAUAUUCACUGCUGGUGAACCAAUACCACAAGCAUCUAUUAUCUAAGCACUUGAUCAAGAAGUAUACAUGUAGUGCAGGCUCUCAAAUUUGUUCAUUUAUUGUCGAUUUUUAAAAAUACAAGUUUGGUAUGUGAUUUGGAGAAGAAGUGGUCUGGAUCUUAAGCCAGUUGUCAGUGGAGGGCUUCAGGGCCACAAACAUCAAGACUUAUCCCUGUUCCUCACCAUCAUGAUACCAGAUACAGGUGAAUACAUAGGAACUGUCUGUGUCCUCAAUCUCCCUCCAAACAAGAUGCUGAUUUGUAGGGUACUUGGCAGGUUAAAUUAAACCAGAAGAGGUGACUUAAUAAAAAAGGGAAUGACAUUUAGGGUAUAAAGAUCUCAUAAGAAAUAUAAUAUGUAAAUUAUAUCUUGCUUUAUGUUGUAAAAUAUACAUUGUUUGCGCUAGAAUAGAAAUGAUUUCUUUUCAAUAAAAAGAAAGAAGGAUA